AUGAAAGUUUUAAAAACAAAAUCUAUUGUCUGUUUACGUAGUUUAAUAGUUUUAUAUAUUUUUUAAAAUCCAAUAUAUUUUAUGUAAGCUUACGUAUACUUUUUAUUGAUACUCUUAAAGGUCAUUAUGGGAUCGACGUUGUUAUCCCAUUUGCAAACAAAUUGGAUAAAGACUUUCUUUAUAAAUACCGUGUUCACAUUAACAUAAAGGACGAGGUUCCUUAAAAUAGUCCUCCAGUUGACCUCUGUUCUCCUGUUGUGCAGUUUCCAGGAAGUCUCUUUAUUCUUAGCCUUUUAUUAGUUUUCUAGUCAUGUUCUUGCCAUUUCCAUCCGACUCUUGCCUACCCUGAUCGCUCUCCCAUUAUUUUUCACUCUGUCGUUUCUCAUCAAAAGCCGCAACGUGGAGCGUGAGAGGCGCGUCCUCGAUUGCAAAGCGUAAAAGCGCGCACCAGUUGCCACGGGCCAGUGACGUACGGACGCACAGCUGCCCCGAGGCACCGCGAGCGCAUAGUACCACAAUAAUCAGUGCUGAGCGUCCCACCCGCCACAGUCCGCUGCGGGACAUGGGGCAAACAGUGCGAACGAGUGCUGUGUUGUCCCCGGGAAGAUGCUGGAGGAUGUCAAUAUCUACACCCAAUGUUUUUGCAGUGCACUGACGCCAGGAAAGAGGAAAGAAGGCAUGGAGCCAUAGCUGACAUUUCAGCAUUUCUCUCCGUCCAACAACCCCUUUAUGUUCUGGGAUUCAUCAUGGUGUAUGGGCAGGUCCUGCACCGCCAAGGUCCAGAGGAAAGCUUCAUCAACCUCAAUGUCGGUGGCUUUAAGCAGCGAGUUGAACGAGUUCUCCUCCAGCGCUUCCCUUAUACUCGGUUGGCCCAACUGCUUUGCUGCAGAUCAGAGGCUGCUAUUCUCCAACUUUGUGACGAUUAUGCCGCAGCCGACCGUGAAUAUUAUUUUGACCGCAACCCACGUUUUUUCCGCUACGUGCUGAAUUUUUAUCACACCGGAAGGAUCCACUUGAUGGAAGAGUUGUGUGUGUUUAGUUUUAGUCAGGAGCUGGAAUACUGGGGCAUUAAAGAGCUUCACCUUGACGCAUGCUGCAGCAACAAAUUUCAAGAACAGAAAGAGUUUGUGGGAGAUCCUGAUUGGGGAAAUGAUGAUGACCCGCAGAACCAGCUAGACGACAGCCUGGACUCCUCUAUGGAGGAGUUAUCUGCUUUUGAUAAAGACCUGGAGAAGUUUGAGGGCACCUGGUGCUCGGAGAAGCGCAAGGAACUUUGGCUAAGACUUGAGAAUCCCGGAUAUUCCCAUUUUUCGAAAGUAAUAGCUGUGUUUUCUCUGAGUGUGGUGUUGAUGAGUAUCGUAGCCAUGUGUAUUCACAGCAUGCCCGAGUUUAACAAGUUUGACGAUAAUGACAAACCGGUGGAGAACCCUGAGCUGGCUGUGUUUGAGAUCGUUUGUAUCAUUUGGUUCUCUAUCGAAUUCAUCCUAAGAUUAAUUGUCACGCCAUGUCUGCGCAAAUUCAUUUGCAAUGCUCUAAACAUCAUUGACUUUGCGUCUAUCAUUCCAUUUUACGCCACUCUUGCGUUCGAAACCGCCGAUGCAGAAGAAAGCGAGGAGCUUGAGAACGUGGGGAGGGUCGUGCAGAUCUUGCGCCUCAUGCGUAUCUUUCGCAUUCUCAAACUGGCGCGGCAUUCGGUCGGGCUGCGUUCGCUUGGGGCGACUCUCCGUCACAGCUACCAUGAGGUCGGACUCCUCAUCCUGUUCCUCUCAGUAGGAAUUUCGAUUUUCUCCGUGCUUAUAUAUUUUGUGGAGAGAGAAGAUAAGUCAUCUGAAAUACAGACUAUACCUGUGGGCUGGUGGUGGGCGACGAUCAGCAUGACCACGGUGGGAUACGGAGAUACGUAUCCCGUUACGGUGGCCGGGAAGCUCGUUGCCACCUUGUGCAUCAUCUGCGGCCUGCUUGUGGUCGCUCUUCCAAUCAGCAUCAUCUUCAACAAAUUCUCAAAAUACUAUCAAAGACAAAAAGCCCUGGUGGAGCUAGAUCAACUCAACCCAGAAGAUGAAAAACAGCCAGAUCCCAGCAUGCCAUUUCUUCAUAUGGGAGAACUUUUCACCCAAAAUAUGAAUUCUCUGGUGCGUAGCGCAUCUCUUAAGAGUGAAGGAAGCAUCACGGAUGCUUCCAGCAUUCAGGAUAUUGAAACUGCGUACCCAGAUGGGAUAAAAGAGAAUGAAAAUGCACCAAAACAUAAAUGCACGCACAACCUCAAGAAUAAACCUGCAGUCACAUGAUUUGCAGUACACAAACACCUCAUCGGUCAGAUAUGCAGCACAUGGCGUGCAACACCAGUCUAGGACCUCUGAACCUUUAAUAGUUCUGCAACAGGACCUCGAAAAAAUCAACAGCACUUUUCUCUUUAGUUCUCAGGGUAAAAAUAUCUCAUGCUUUCCAUUAUUUAUGAAUCAGAAAUCUGUUACGGGAGAUACUGUAACUAAAGCCAGUGCUAGCUGUGACUUUGAUGCUCUAUAAUAUAUCAAAUUAAAUAACAGCACUGAUUGACAGGUGUUUUUUUAACAAACAGACCAGUUUAAUUAAAAUGUUUCCGCAGUUGAUGUGGGACAGGAACUAUUCUUAAAUGUUUCAUGGGCAAUGACAGCAUUUAAGAUGCUGCUGGACUUUAGAUGGCAUGUUGCUGUACACCAUCUCCCUAAUGUGUCUGUCAGAUGGAUGGAAGGAAAGAGUGCAUGCAUAUUUUAAUAAGAGGAAGGAGAAGCCAUGAAGGAAAGAAGCUGGAUAGAGAUGUUACAGCUGAAUAAAGGGUUGAUGUACA